CUUUGAAAGGAAAUGAAUGGUAUAUGGAAACGCCAGUACACCGAUCCAAUAUUUGUACAUUUGCGGGGAGUCGUGAACGAGUACACACUUCAGGAGGAAUGGGAAGCAAGAGGUAGGCUACACUGGGAGAGGAGUCAGGAUGGCACAAACCGAGGUGACAACGGUCUCCAUGGGGGACCUGAUGGUAAUGAAGGCUACUGAGGAAGAGAAUGGUGAUGAUGAGGACAGCAACACACAGGUCAUCCUCCAGCUACAACCAAUCACAGCAGGUAUGGAUGAGUCAGGAGAGACAGACACAGCUGUUGUGGCUGUGGAGGCACACCCAGAAGAAACCACAGUUGACGGGGAGGAGGUAGAGCUGGGUUAUCCCAUCACAUGUGGAGAGUGUAAAGCUGUGCUGCUGGUCAAGAAGUUUGUCUGUCCUGGAAUAAAUGUCAAAUGUGUCAAGUAUGAAGACCAGCUGAUCAGUCCCAAGCAGUUUGUCCACAUGUCUGGGAAGGCUACGCUGAAGGACUGGAAGAGAGCUAUCCGGAUGGGCGGGGUCAUGCUCAGGAAGAUGAUGGACUCGGGGCAGCUAGACUUCUAUGAACACAGCACUCUGUGCACAAACACGUGUCGUAGCACCAAGUUUGACCUGCUGAUCAACAACACACGCUUCCCCCCUGAUGGCAGCGGUCUCACCACGCCCAUCUCCUCACAAGCCCAGGUGGUGAUAGGUAAUGGUGGCCAGGUUGCCAUGACAACAGAGGAGAGGUCAGAUGUUCUGACCGGAACAGUGGAGUGGAGUUCAGGGGCUGUAGCCAUGGAGACAGAGAAGAAGGAAACCAGUGAGAUAUCAGAGGAGACGUUGAACUUCUGGAAAGGCAUAGCUGACGUGGGGCUGAUGGGGGAGGUGGUAGACAACAUCAGGACAGAGCUGCUGGAGAUGCUGAGAGGAGUGCAGCUACGCAGCGAGCAGGCUGCUAUGCAGGACGCAGAUUCCUGUCUGGUAGAGGUGGCAGUGUUGAGUAACCUGGCCCAGGUGUUUGGCCUGCUGGACUCGGUCAAACACAUCCUGAACGUAAGGAGAGAACAGACUGACCCUGGAGAGGAGCAGGUCCUUAGCACGCUGACCAACCUGGAGCUGCAGCUGGAGGAACAGAGGCGACAGCAGCACGUCAGAGCUCAGCUCUGCCACCCCCAGCCCCUCAACAACAUCAGCCACACCCCAGGAGGCAAACCCACCAAGCCCAAGGCCAAACGUCCUCGCCUACAGCGGCCAGCCUCCACCACCACCCUCCUCACCUCCUCCCUCUCCCAGCCCCAGACAGCCACCCUGCAGCCCCAGCAGUUCACUGUACUUUCCCCCAUUUCAUUCUCCUCCAUGGGCCAGCCCUUCUCCCUGUCCGGCCUGUCUGGCCUGUCAGGCCUCCCCAUGACCACGCUGGGUCAACAGAACAACACGGUGACCCUCCACACCCUACCCGCCGGCGCCCAGACCUUCACCCGAUACAUCACCACCAUGGUGGGGGCCGACGGCAAGAUGGAGACCUUGACGCUGCACCCGUCCCAGGGGCUGACGCUGGUGGGCACCACCCUCCAGGACCCAAGUCAGCUUGGAGGAACCAUGAUGAGUCCGCUGGAGCUGGUCCAACUCACCCAGGGAGGGGUGACCGUCAGUGGGGAGAUGAUGGUGGAGCAGCCCAUGGGCCAGGUUGUGGAGGGUGGGACAAUGGUACUCCACCAGGAGGGGAUGGUACAGGAGGGAUUGGUGGAGGGAGUAGAGGACAAGAGCCAGGCACAAACCGUGACCGAGAUUGACCCCGCGCCGGGCGACCAGGACCAGACCAUGGGGGCGGUGAUGGAGCUACAGCUGGCCCAAGAAGGAGAGGCUGAGGCUGGGGAGGAGGGCUCUGCCAUGGUGGUCCAUGGUGGGAUGGAGGUGACCAUGGUCUCGGAGGAGGUGGAGGGAGAGGUAGGGGAGGGGAUGGUGGUUCAGGGGGAGUCUGAGGAUGCCCAGGGGGAGGUUCUCGAAACUGGGCAGCAGAGCCAGGUAGAGGGGAUACAGCUGGACGCUAACGGGCAGAUCUCAGGCCUAAGGAUAAUGGUGAUCGAGGAGGAGACUCAGGAAGAGGACAAGGCCAAAUGACCCAGCUCUGCUCUGCAGACAGAGACAAUACCCUCUCCUCCCCCUGGAGCCAUGUGAGAUAGUAGGGAUGGACUAGCCUGGUUCCAAAUCUGUUUGUGCUGUCUUGCCAACUCGCUGUGACAAUGAUCAUAGGAGCUGGCAAGACGGCACAAACAGAUCUGGGACCAGGCUAGGGAUGGACUCAUAGACAGAACAUAAAAGAGCAUGCAGGCAGACUUGUGGUGUGAGCAAGUGUGUGGAGGAUGCUAUUUACACAGAAAGCUGCCAAAGACCUAGCCUUCUUAGAGAAGCUGUGGUGCUUAGCAGCUAGGCCAGGGUGUCCAUUAUAUUCAUUGUUGUUUCGUUAGUUUUUAUUUAAACAAAAUGACAACACAGCCAGGCAUAGUAUCUUAUAUUGUUUGUUUUGUAACACGUGUGUUACCUUUUUGCUGUGUGUGUGUGUGGCUAGAGGUCUACUGUGGGAUGAUAGCAACAGUUCUAAAACAAAGUCUGCUCUACAUUUCUUUCCAAAAUAGAAAGCAUACCACUCUUCCUCUGUGCAGUUUUUGGGAUGAAGUCUUUUCUGCAGUGUUUGUAAAACAAAACAAAGAUAAUAUGUUGAGCUCACCAUUGUCAGUUCUGUGAAUCGACACAUUGUAUUAUUCACUGGAAGCCUUUUCUUUUCAAGAUUUGCAUAAUUAUUCAUGGUGAUUCGCUGUAUGGCGACAAAUGUAGUAGAUGUACACUACCGUUCAAAAGUUUGGGUUCACUUAGAAAUGUCCUUGUUUUCGAAAGAAAAGCAAU